AUGAAAGAGAUUAAAAACGUGACAUAUCGUGGUCGUCCGCCAAGAAUACUAACUCUGCAGCUAAGGGACCUUAUGGGUAUCAAUGUCACUCUAUGGGAACAAUUUGCAGAUCAUAUAUUUUCAUAUGCUAAGAGUUCCCCAUCUGGCCUUAUCAUCUUACUUGGUAGUAUGAUGAAGAUUCAUGGAGACAUCUCAAUUCAAAGUUCAAUGUUUGCUACAAAACUCUUCAUUGAUCCUGUAGUUAAAGAGAUUUCUGAAUUUAAAACAAAGUUCAAAUUGCAAGUUAGAGUAGUUGACCAUACUGGUACUGCAUCAUUCCUCUUAUUCGACAAUACUUUGCAGAAACUUAUUCAAAAGUCUGUUAAUGACUUGCUGGAUGAACAACUUGAGUUCACUCGCUCGGGUCAUUUUUCUCAAGAGCUACUUGAUUUGGAAGGUCGUAACUUUGUUUUCAAAGUUAAACACACAGACACAACUAUCUACAAAGGAUGUGCAUAUAACGUGGUCAAGCUAACUGACGAUCGUGACACUGUACAAAAGUUUGAACAAAGUUGUUCUACACUGACUUGUAGUGAUUCUGAGCUAACCCAUGGACCAAUUAUUUCAGCUAGGGCUAUAGAACAGAUUGACACUACUUCUUAUCAAAGCGACACCAAAGACUCGAGUCGCAACUCAAAUGUUCAACAAUCAAACACUGCCGGUGAAGAGUCGAACAAUGAGGGAAUACACACAUCUGAGUUUCAAACCUCCACUCCAAGCAACAAACAGACUAUUAAUUUAGCUGAUGAUGAGGAGUUCGAUCAAUCAUCUACAAAAUAA